CAAAUACGUAGAUGGUUACCAAGGUCAAAUAUUUUCCGCUGGUAAUAUAGGACUUACUCCACGCAUGGGAAACUUUGAAGAAAUUAAAACUAGUUUAUCUAAUAUACUCUCUCCUUUAGGGUUUAGCAUUCACCCAUUUAAGAUAUCUUGGUAUAACGAAUUGGUUCAAAAAAAGGAUGAAGCAUUUAAAUUGCCAUAUCACGACGACUGUAUAGCUUUUAUUAUUAUUAGUACUCCAUCUGUCUUUGAAAAAGCAUUUAUUCCAUUUGUCAGAAGUGAACAUUAUAAAAAUUCUUCAUCUGAUCCGCUUGAUCAGUGUAUGAAUUAUUAUUUUAGUUUAGUAAAGGAGACUUGCUUAGAAGAGGACGUUGAUGUAUUGUACGAUUAUGAAUUAACCGCAACAAGAAGGCCGAAAAUACUGGUUCAAACAGCUGGUCAUUGUUCUGGAGCGGCAUACUAUUAUCAGAAAAGCGAUGUAAAAACUUGUCCAUGGCCAGAAACAAAAUCUAUAUAUGGAGUUAGUAUUCAUCCGAAAUUUGGAGGUUGGUUCGCUUAUCGAGGAGUUAUUGUUUUUAAAAAUCUUCUCUAUUCUAAUUUACCUAAACUUGAACCUAUUGAUGUUCUAUUAACUGAUGAAAAGAAAAUUGAAGCCCUAGAAAAGUUUAAUGGAAAUUGGAAAGACUGGGCAUAUAGGGACGUUGUCGAAGUUGUUGAAAGAUACUCUGAACUACAAAAACAAUACUUUAUUACACCUCCAAAAGACAGAUAUGAUUUAAUUAGGAGAAUUAGAGAGGGUCUAUCUUAG